AUGCAGCUCUUCCAGGUCCUCGCUCUCGCCUUCGCGACCACCGCCAUGGCCAAGGUCUACAACGACAACAGCCCCAUUCCCGACUCGGUAGAGCGCCCCUCCAACUCCGUCACCAUGCAAGCCAACACCUUCGGGACCGUCGUCAAGGCCGCAAGCGCUAAGCUCCGUUCCAAGGCCCUACAGGCCCGGGCGUCCACCCUUCAGGUGUGCGAGCACUCCAACCUUGAAGGCGCCUGUAUAACCAUUACCGGUAUCGAGAGCGGUGCCUGCUACAAUAUCAAUGGUAUCUGGAACGAUGUCAUCUCGUCCACUAAUACUUUUGGACAUACCUGCACCGUCUGGGAGCACCAUGGCUGUAGCGGUGACCAGUCGACCGUCAAUGGCGCGGUCAACUGGGGAUACAUGAACGAUAAGAUCAGCUCGUAUAGGUGCUUUGACUGAAAGGUCACGGAUCAUGGCCCGGAGGUAGGGAGGUUGCCUGUUGAGGUUCCAGACUGAAAUUAGGUAGCGUGGGUAGCUAGUGGCUCAUGGAAUGGUCAUAUAGGGUUUGUUCGGAAAUUGAGGUAUCUGCUAUUCAGCAUAACUUCCGUACCUUGGCUUCUAUCAGCUAUGCCAUGCUUAAUGAAGCGUUGCUCUGUCACCAUUGGAUGCUCACUAGACCCGGCCUGUUGCAAAACCCCCCAUUUCACGAC